AUGGCGGGCUGGGGUCCAGGGCGGGCGGCAAGAUGGACAGGCAGCAGGGCUCCACCGCCACGCCCAAGGCGCCCGCCGGGAAGCCCCGCCUCUCCGCGGCUGGCGGCGCGUACCGCCGCACCAGCUCCGGCCCGCUCCCCGCCGCGGGCGGCCGCAACUCGUCCGAAUCCGGAGGUUUCAAGCAGAGUUAGAGUUGCUGUAAGGCUAAGGCCUCGGAACGCAGAAGAGCAGGCGGCAGAUGCUGAUUUUGCCGACUGUGUUGAACUCCAGCCAGAGCUCAAAAGACUAAAGCUUCGUAAAAACAAUUGGGAGUCCGACACAUUUGAAUUCGAUGAAGUGCUUACAGAGUUUUCUUCACAAAAGAGAGUGUAUGAAGUUGUUGCUAAACCAGUUGUGGAGAGUGUUUUGGAGGGAUAUAAUGGUACAGUUAUGGCAUAUGGGCAGACUGGUACUGGCAAGACUUUUACACUUGGAAGGCUUGGUGAUGAAGAUACUGCUGCACGGGGAAUCAUGGUCCGUGCAAUGGAGGAUAUUCUUGCUGAUAUAACCCCUGAGACUGAUACAGUAUCACUAUCUUAUCUACAGUUGUAUAUGGAAAUGAUACAAGAUCUCCUUGAUCCCGUAAAUGAUAACAUAGCCAUUGUAGAAGACCCAAGAACAGGGGAUGUUUCGUUGCCUGGGGCCACUGUAGUUGAGGUUAGAGACCAGAAGAGUUUUAUGGACCUUUUAAGAAUUGGUGAAGCUCAUCGUGUUGCUGCAAACACAAAGUUAAAUACAGAGUCAUCUCGUAGUCAUGCAAUUCUCAUGGUAAAUGUCAGAAGGGCUGUAAAAGGUAGAAGUGAAAUGAAUGUUAGUAUGUCUGCUGAAAAUGGGCAUUCGUCUUCAAUGAUGGACUCUCUACGACCACCUAUUGUCAGGAAAAGCAAGCUUGUAGUUGUAGACCUGGCAGGAUCCGAGCGAAUAGAUAAAUCUGGAAGCGAGGGUCAUACAUUAGAAGAGGCGAAGUCUAUUAACUUGUCCCUAAGUUCACUAGGAAAAUGCAUCAAUGCACUUGCUGAAAGCAGCGCACAUGUACCUGUUCGUGAUUCCAAGCUUACUAGGUUGCUUAAAGAUUCGUUUGGAGGCACUGCAAGAACUUCAUUGGUUGUGACGAUUGGUCCAUCUCCAAGACAUAGGGGGGAGACUACAAGUACAAUAAUGUUUGGACAAAGAGCAAUGAAGGUUCAGAACAUGGUGAAAUUAAAGGAAGAAUUUGACUACAAAAGUUUGUGUCGGAGACUUGAUAUUGAAUUGGACAAGUUAAUCGCAGAAAAUGAAAGGCAACGCAAAUAUUUUGAUGAUGAAAUUGAACGAAUAACAGCAGAAGCUCAAUACCGUGUUGCUGAGGCAGAAAAGGAAUGCAAAGUUUCUCUAGAGAAUGAGAAAAUGAAGUACCAUCAAGAAUACUUGGACUCUAUAAAGAUACUAGAAGAGAAGUGGAAAGUACACCAACAGUCACCUAAGAAACAGAUUAAAGAGGAGUCUACAUCAAAUGGUGACGUGCAGGACUUACUGCAGAAUGAGAAAAUGUUACGCCAAUCUGCUGAAGACGAGUCCAAUGACCUUAAGAAUCAAUUAUCACACUGGAAAAAGAUGGAGACCACAGCUACUGCUGAAGUAGUGAGACUCCGGAGAAUGUUGGAUACUGAAGCUAGCCAGAAAGAUAAACUUGAAGAAGAAAUAGCUGUUUUGAAAAGUCAGUUAAUGCAGUUAAGUCUGGAUGCUGAUGAGACAAGAAUGGGCCUUGACACAGGAGAUGGACCAGGAAAAAUAUUUCCUGGUUUAGAUUCUUUGAUGUCUCACUCUCGGAAUUCACAGCCUAGAGAGCAGAGCAAUGGACCUAAGGCGCCAGUCGCGAAACUCUUUGAGCAAGUUGGGUUACAGAAGAUAUUGUCAUUGCUUGAGUCAGAAGAACCUGAUGUUCGUGUUCAUGCCGUGAAAGUUGUCGCGAAUCUGGCGGCUGAAGAGGCAAAUCAAGAAAAGAUUGUAGAAGCAGGUGGCCUCACUUCCCUCCUAAUGCUGCUUAGGAGCUCUGAGGAUGAGACCAUACGCAGAGUAGCAGCAGGAGCAAUUGCUAAUCUUGCAAUGAAUGAAACGAACCAAGAUCUUAUAAUGGCUCAAGGUGGUGUAACCUUGUUGUCAAUGACAGCAUCUGAUGCGGAGGACCCACAAACUCUAAGAAUGGUGGCCGGAGCUAUUGCUAACCUGUGUGGCAAUGACAAACUGCAAACUCGUUUAAGAGGAGAAGGUGGAAUUAAAGCAUUGCUGGGAAUGGUCAAGUGUGGCCAUCCUGAUGUCCUUGCUCAAAUUGCUCGUGGCAUUGCAAACUUUGCAAAAUGUGAAUCUAGAGCAGCUACUCAAGGAAACAAGGUGGGGAGAUCAUUAUUGGUGGAUGAUGGGGCACUUCCUUGGAUCGUAAAAAACGCGAAUAAUGAGGCUGCCCCAAUCAGGCGGCACAUCGAGCUAGCACUGUGCCAUUUGGCGCAACAUGAGGUGAAUGCCAAGGAUAUCGUGAGUGAAGGCGCACUCUGGGAACUUGUACGGAUCUCGAGGGAUUGCUCUCGGGAAGAUAUAAGGAUGUUGGCAUACCGCACGCUGACAUCCAGCCCCACCCUUCAGUCGGAGAUGAGGAGAUUGCGGAUAGAGUGCUGA